UCCACCCAAAAUUUUACAAAAGAGCAGUCCAUGAAGAAAAAAAAAGAAGUAAAUUUUCCUGAACGCCAGUCGUGAUUUUCGUGAAUGUUUACAAAAUUGCCGGACGUUCUAGCUGCCCAAAACCUGUGCGUGGAUUGCCGAGCACGUGCAGUGAAUGGAAUUAGUGAGAAAUUUGGAUGUUUGGGCAGUGGAAAAUAGUGAUUUUGUGGUCAUAUAAUAAAGUGAAUUUGUAGCGUUCUGCGCCGCCAUUAUUGCAAAAAAUUCUCCAUUGGGAGAAGAGCCUACGGCCCAAGAGGAAAUAAAAUAAUUUUUGGGUGGUUUCCCUGGGUGGAAAAUGCAGCUGGAAUAGGGGUGUAGUGGUGUGGUUGAGAAAGUUUUUCGUGGGGAAAAAGUGUGUGUGAAAAGUUGAGAAAGGUCCCAGGCACCAACGAUGGAACUGGAAGAGUUGGAGAACAUAAAUAAGAAUGACUUCCUACCACUGUUGCCGCACAAUAUCAAACAGGAGCUCUUCGACAACAAUGAGACAGGAAACUUGUGCGAUAGUGUGGAAAAGCAGGUGGACAACCUUCCCAGCAAGGGCACAUCCACCAUCCCCUCGAAGUGCGUUUGGUGUUCACAGACACUCAGCGGCACGGACAAUCCCAAAUUGCUGGAAUGUCUGCAUGUUGCAUGCUCUGCCUGUGUCACCACCAAAUUCUCCGAGCUCGAUCGUGCCCUUCCGCCCCUUGUGCACUGUCCCGUGUGCAAUAUGGCCAGCCAAAUGGAGGGUAUUAUUGACAAUCAAUUCCUAAUAGAGCAGAUUACAUCGACGGAUGAACUGCAGAAUAGUGGAAAUCAGGAGGCUGAUACGAAGGCAGUUAUAAAAUGUAGUAGUUGCAGUGAUGAUGCCAAUGCAACAUCGUGGUGUGUAGAAUGUUCUGAGUAUAUUUGCGAUAGUUGUGUACAGGCUCAUCAACGCUUGAAGAUCACCAAGGAUCAUACGAUAAAGCCAAAGGAGGAGGCAACAGCUGAAAGUCAAAAUAGUAGUUCAACGGGGAAAAAUCUCAUGUGUCCGGUGCAUUCGCAGGAGAAAUUGUCGUUAUUUUGUGAGACAUGCGAAAAGUUGACAUGUCGUGAUUGUCAGUUAGUUGAUCAUCGUGAUCACAAGUACAAGUUUGCCCAUGAAAUUGCAACGGAGACACGCAAUAAUCUCAAUAGUCUCUUGAGUGAGAUUAGUUACAAGCGUGUUCUCCUAACUAGCGCCAUGAAGGUAAUUGACGAUAGACAGAGCCUGAUUGCGGACAAAAAGAAGGAAUUGAUAAAGGACAUCACAAAUAUGGUGCUGAAAAUCACGAAUACGGUAAAUUUACGAGGGAAGCAACUGGUAAUGCGUCUCAAUGAAGUUUGUGACAGUAAGCUCAAAGUGUUGAAUGAGAAGAAGGAUGCACUGCAGCAGUUAUCGGGGCAUACAGAUCACUGUAUUGAUUUUGUGCAGAAUGCCCUGGAUAAGGGUAGCGAUAGUGCUGUCUUGUUCAGUAACAAGACACUAGCACGACAUCUGCAAAAGGUCAAGUGUCAGCGUGCAGAUAUUCCCAAUCCUGAGAUCCCUGUGCGAAUUCAGGUGCAACUGAGCCAAGUGAAUGAACUCCAGAAAGUUAUAGCGCAAUUGGGUACGAUCAUUGUGGAUGGUAAGGCAUAUCCACCGAUGAUACAGAACUCAACACCUCCGGUGAGUGGUCCUGUGCCAAGUCGUCAGCAACCAAGUCCAACCAUGGCACCACCAAUGCGUCCGGGAAUGGGACCACCACCGGGCCUUCCGGGUGCACCAAGUGGACCAUCGGGCUAUAAUCAAAAUGGACCACCAAUCUACAAUAGUACAUCACCCAAUCCGGCAUUUAACAAUAUGCAACUAAAUAGGCAAUUCUCCCAAGAUGGACCAACUAGAUUCCCCAAUAUGGGACUGCCAAAUCGUCAGGGACAACCUCAUGUUAGCUCAUCGACACAUCCACAGAAUAUGGACAUAAGUUUACGUGGCUUACUGAACAAUCAAGGUGCUGGACAAAGUCCAUGUCACAAUAUGGGAGGAUUCAAUGCUCCGCCAAGUUACAAUGCAUCACAACAGAGUGGCCCACCGCAGGGUUUGCCCCAAAUGCGUCCACCCUACCUAAGUGGACCGCCAGGGCAUCAGAGUUACAAUCAGAAUCAAACGGCUGGUAGUGGAAGUGGGGUAAAUAAUAAUCCGGCCAAUUUUAUGGCUGCCAAUGGACCUCGUUUCCAGAACUACCAGCGUAUGCCACAGUCACAUUCUUCGGGGGCUAUGCAGCAACCUCCUCCAGCUCACAGAUCAAUGCUGCAGAAUCAAUCUGGAGCAAUGAGCUACAAUCAACAGCAACAGCAACAGCAGCAACAACAACAGCAACAGCAACAACAGCAGCAAUACAAUCAAACACUACAGGCCCAACAGAUGCGAUUGAUGCAUUCAGGUGCCAAAUGGCAUAUUCCACAAUCGCUGCAGCAACAACAGCAGCAGCAGCAGCAACAGAAUCAAAAUGGCUUUGCUGGGCCAUCGGGACAGUUUAUGCAGCAAUUCAAUUUGCGGCAGGAUUCAUUUAAAAUUUCACUGAAAUCACCGCCAAUUGUUAAAAAUCCAGCACCUAAUAUCACCAUUGGGUCCACCAAUGUCAUCCCCAAUGUAACAUCAACUAACCCCAAGACACCGAGCCCAAGUACAGGCCUCAGUGAUCAGAAUUCAAAAGACUCAGCUGACUCAAUUGAUAAAUUGUGUGAGGAAUCAAUGAAAGAUCUCAUGACGACAAUUGCCAAGUUAGAUUCUAAUGGUGUACAAGUCUUGCCGGAAGGACGUUCAAAGGCUACAUCGCCUCUUGUUCACAGUUCCACGGAUAUGUCAGCGGCAACAGAUGACAAAAAUAGCCAGAAGGACGAUCCAAAUGAGGAUUGGUGUGCAGUUUGUCUCGAUGGGGGUGAACUGAUGUGUUGCGACAAGUGCCCCAAAGUAUUCCACCAGAAUUGUCAUAUUCCAUCAAUUAGUAAUCUCCCGGAUGAAAGUGAGACAUGGCAGUGUUUGCUGUGCUAUAACUUUGCCGAUAUGCCCCUGGAGGCGCCGGGUGAGAAGAGAACUGGUGAUUUGAGUAUGCGAGAAAUGAAAAUAAUGCAGCGCAUUGUCCUGGAGAUGUACUGUCAGUAUGAGAUAAGUUUGGCUUUUAGAGAGCCAGAACCACUUGCCAAUGAGGAAUUUUACAAUAUGAUUAGCAAUCCCAUCUGUUUAGAUGACAUAAAGGCAAAGCUGGACUUAUCCAAUCCUGAGCACUAUACAGAUGUACAAACAUUUGUCAAUGAUGUAAGACUCAUGUUCAAAAAUAGUCUCCUCUACCAUCAGGAGAAAAAUUUAGUGACAAAAAUAAUAGAUUUUGGGCGUGAAUUGGAACAAUUCUUUGAGCAGCAAAUGAUGAAGUGGCUACCCAGCUACAGUCAUCGACAGAGUGACGAUGACGAAAGAUUUCAGUGCCCAUUGAAGCGAAUGAGAAAGAUAAUUGAGGAAUGAAUAGCGUAUCACUUCCUCCAUGAUAGUGAUUAACAUUUUUAUCCCAGAAAGUUUUAAUUUGACUUUCAAAUUUUACAAAGAAAAAAAGAAAGAAAGAAAAUACAAAAACAAAAUCACAAAAAACCCGGAGGAAGUGGAAACUCAAAAGCUAUUUUUUCUACACAAAAUAAAAGUAAGGAAAAAGAAAAAACAAAUAAAAUACUUGAGAAAAAAUGACAUCAAGCAAUAAUUGUUGAGAAUAGAAUUAAAAAAGAAAGAAAAAAAGAAAACAAAAACAAAAAAUAUAUAGUGAAACAUUAGAAAUGGAAAAGUUUUACAAAGCACACUUCCCAACACAUAAACACAUACACCGAAUUCAUUGCACAUUAUAAUGUUAGUUAACCGUAUACGCAUUUCACUUAAUCAACAUUAUAUAGAAAUGAAAUAAAAAAUCAUUGUAGUCUAUCGAUAGAAUAUCUUGAUAAUACAAAAGAAAAAAAACAUAUAGAUAGCUGUAGGUAUAGCUUAUAUACUUAAAGAGAAAAUAAUGUAUUUGACAAAAACAUGACAAUUCACUGAGAGAUAUCAUCUCCUUUGUUAGUUUUUAGUAAGGAUCAAUCAGUAAGAACAUAAGAUUUAGAUUAAGCACAGAUUUAAAAGUUAUUACCUCUGUGUGUUUGCAUACUUUUUUUCCAGAUUUAAGUUCUUAAUAGGUUUUUAUUAUAUAUAUUUUUUUUCUAUUUCCCGGAAAUGUAUCUUUUGGGAUUCCUUUACAGAAACCUAUAAUUUAUUUUUGAAAUCUUAUAUUUUGCAGGAAGGCUGUUUGCAAAUAGAAUUUACUGUUUAUUCCACCUAAAAAAAAAACAGCUUUUAGUAACUGAGAUCCUUUACAGGUGUCCUCGGAGUGCUUAGAAAUCUUGAGUGCUUGCAAUUCGAAAUGCGUGAAAAUUUGAUUUUGAUUCACGUCGAGAAAUUUUUUUUUCGUUUCAUCUACUGAAAACAUUUAGCUCGAUGCGAUUCCUUUUACCCCUAAGAUUCAACUCAAAAUCGAAUUUUCACGCAUUACGAGUUGCAAGAACCCCGAAUUGCACGCAUUUCGAGGUUACAUGUAAAGAAACUUAGCUACCAUAAGCUUACCUGGGCUCAUCAAUGGUAAUUUUCCAUUCUGGAUAGUUUGAGUGCAGAAGGCCAAAAAAAAAAAGUUCUUUAAAGUCGGUUAGUACCUUAGAGAAUCCAGUCAAUUUCGGUAUACUAAGGGUCAGAGUACAGUAGGUUGAAGUAGGGGCGGAUGGGAUCCAAUUAGAAGGGGAUCCAAUUAGAAAGAUUUCGAUCUCGAUCUCAGAUACCAUUUAUACUAAAAUUUCAUCGAAAUCGCUUUAUAAACACUGAAAAUAUGGUCCGGUCAAGAAAUUGAAAAGGUUGAACCGUUGAAACGCUCUCGACCUCUACUACAAAAUAUUAAAAUUAAAAAAAAAGCAUCGUCUAGUUUUCGAAGGGUUGUAGUACUCCCCAAGGGCUUUCCAAAACACCAUUUUUUUAAAUCCGAUAAUUAAAACCGGAGAUAUGGCUAUUUGAAAAUUGACUUUUUGACCUCUUCUAGCUCGGGUCAGAGGGGUAGGGGGGCUUAAGUUUUUCUCUAAUCGAAAGCUCUCAGCUACAAUAUACUAAGUCUAGUUUUAGAAAUAUUCGAAAUGGAAUUUUCAAAAAUCGAUUUUGUGAUUAAUCGGACCUUCGAUUAAAUUGGAUAAAAUUUAGGUGUCAUAAGGGUUGUAAUACUCCACGAGAGCUUUCCAAAACUUCAAAUUUUUUCUAACUCUGACAAUUAGAACCGGAGAUAUACCCAUUUGAAAAUUAAAUUUUCGAUCCCUUCUAGUCCGAAUCAGGAGGUCGGGGGGGGGGCUUUAGUUUGCUACUGAUCGAAAGCUAUUUGACCCAGCUAUAACAUAUUAAAAUUUGAAAUCGAUCGAUGCCAUAAGGCUCGAGUUAUUGAAAAAUCAAAAUUUAAGGGUUUUCCAAAAUGACGGAGGGGGGUGGUGGGGUGGAUCACACAUCAUCAACUUCUAGCCACCUAUCGACAUUUAACCCAGUGUGUUCUUUAAUAUGCGAAAAAAAAUUCUAAAACAAUGUUUUCUUGGAUAAUUAUGAUCCAAUAAAGUCGAAAAAACCAUCCAUUCUUCAUUAUCUCUUUCAGUUUAGGCGCUAGAUGAGAAAAUAUAAAUUUUUUGAAACUCUUUUUGCUUCUAAAAUUCACAUUUUUACUCUUAAAAUUUUUUAAAUAAAAUAUACAAAGUAGAAUGAUCUAUCUUUCAGUAAAAAAUAAAUAUAUUUUUGUCCGAUAACUAAGUCGGUUUUUUAUGGAAAUUGGAAAAGAGUUUUUUUUUUGUACAAAUAUUUUUUGUUGCUUUUUCUCUGAUCUGUCACACAAAACUGGGGAUAGCAACUAAACGAAGAGUCAAAAUGAGUUCAAACUUUUAAAAGAUGUUAGUAAGACUAUUACGGAAGACACUAUAGCACUUUUAAAUAAACAAAAACUUUGUAAUCGCAGUAAAUGUGAUUUUUGUGAAGACCGUCUUGAGGCGGUCUCAUCUGUUAGAGGGUUAACCUUUGUCGAUACUUCUUUCCGUUCUCUCUCUACAAGCGUUUGUACUCCGAACGGGACCGACAGGACGUCCACGAAAAUCGAUUCUUAGCGCAUAUGAUAUUCGUGAUCUAUGAGUGUCAAAACGUAUGAAUCCAAAAUUUGAGCCCAAUCUGACGAGGUCGGAUUACACCUCGGACCACAUAAGCUCAGAUUGUAAAUAAUCUUAGCUAAUAAUUCUUAGUUAUACUCCUCAAAAAUAUCACUAUGCAACAUGGUUUUGCUAACGGAGAUCUCACAUGGUACGUUUGAUAGAAUCAAGUCCCCUGAUUAAGAAUCUGACCUUGGUUUUGCUCUAUCACGUCACAAUGUUUUUUAUUGAUACUUUUAUAUUUUUCUGUUUUGCCUUACAUUAUCCGUUAUAUCUCAGGUUCUAGUAAACAGAAAUUAAAGAGUGUGGGUCCAUUGGAAAGGUCAUUAGUCGUGCUUCGAUUUUGAUAAAAUUGAAGUUUCUCUAAAAAUUACCAAAAAAUGGUCUUAGAGUGAGGUUGUAAAAAAUCUUCCAUCGUUCCAUGUUUUUAUCUUGCACUUCCGGAAGGCGUUUGUUGUCGAUUUCGAGAAGAACAUUAAAAUCCAAGAUCAUGAAUUCAUUUUAGUCGCAUUACAUGGAUUUCAGAUCUAAUGCCCUAGACACACUUACGACUAAAGUCCAGAGACGACUAAGCUCGUUCAUAGCCAAGUCAGUUGCUGACACACUACAAAUGAGGCUUAGCAUUCACUGCGACUCACAAAACAUAACUUUCGUGGGUUUUUAUGCUGAUAUUUCUACUGAAAUGCACUAAUACUGCUUUGAAUAUGAAACUAUUUGUAAAUUCAUGUCUCAGUUCACAUGCAAUAAUUAUUGUUAAUUACAAUUAUUUGUGAGGUGGAAGCUAACUCGCGACGUCAGCCAAUUUCCGCGAUUCUAGUGGAUAAUUCUUAUUGUUAUAAGUGAAUUGUGAAGUAAAUUUACAAGUAGUUUCAUUUUCAAAGGAGUACUAGUGUAUUUCAGUAGAAAUAUCUGCAGAAAAACCCACGAAAGUUAUGUUUUGUGAGUGCCAGUAAACGUUAAGCCUCUUUUGUAGUAUGUCAGGAACUGACUUGGAUAUGAACGAGCUUAGUCGUCUCUGGACUUUAGUCGUAAGUGUGUCUAGGGCAUAAGGCUUAGUCAUAUGGCUUAACCAUUUAAGGACGAUUGGAACACUGGGGUUCCAUAAAGAGAAUUUAACGACGAGACAGUGUUCGCGGACCGAAAAUCAACAAUAAAAAUUAAGCCGAUAAACAAAAUCAGUAAAAGGUCUUACAUCUAACUUUAGAAAAUCCAACAGAAUCUGAUUAGGUGUUGAUCCUUUAUGAGCGAUAGGGACAAAAAUAACACAAAAAUUUAAGUAAUUUUUCUGACAAUACCAAUGAAUUUGAGAAUUUAAAAAUUCGCCAUUUUUGAGCUUAAAUAUUUACUACAUUGCAAAAAGCUAGAGACUUGCAAAAAAUAUUUUAGAUUCCUUCAACAUUCUACUUUGCAAAAAUGUACAAACAUAAGGAAAGAUUAACUUCAGGUAGUCAGGAAAAAUUAUUUCCUUUAUGGGACACGGGUGUUCCAAUCGUCCUUAAAGGGUUAAGCCGAGAGACAAAUUCGUGCAUACCUAGUUGUUUAGGCAUCAUCAGGUGAGAAAAUGUAAGUUUCCAAAACUUUUUUCACUUCUAAAAUUCACACCAACUAAAUUUAUUUAACUCAAAUUACUUUAGAUCGGCAUUUUUCUUGAAAUUUUACACGAGAAAAUUUCAUAUUUUUUAUGUAUUUGUUCAGACCUUCUCAAAUCUGCAGAACCUACCUAUCCUAGAUCGUUCACUGAGAAAAAAAGGGGGUGCGACUAACUUUUUUCCUUGUAACUUUUACACUUUUUACACCUUUUUAAGGGUAAAAUUAACAUGAAAAAGGGUUAAUUUAACCCCUAAUACACCUAAAAAGGGUAAUAUUUACACCGAUUUUGGAUCAAUACUGCAGGGUAAAAUUAACAUUUCCGGAAUGUUAUUUUAACUUUUCGGAUUUCUCUCAGUGUUCCACGGUUGACUGAAUUGUAUUUUUGGAUGCGACUGACUUUAGAAAAUAUUGUUUUACAGCCUUUCUGCAAAUUUUAGGAUUUGAAAAAAAAAAUAGUUACGGUAUUGUAAAGCUAAUUGACUAUCUUUUUUUAUCACAUUAAUUUAUAUAUUUUACCAGCACAUUUUAUAAAAUAUUUUUUUUACUAAGAAUUACAGGGAUAUACAAAAUUUGAACUUAGCCUUAAAAAUACCAUUUUCUCGGCAAAUACAGUCAAUUUCCACGAAAUACGUAAUCCUAGCUCUAGGAGGCUUUAUAAAUUUUAAAAGGCAUUUCCUACAAAUUAGAUUCUUGGAAGACCACUGAUUUUGUUCCUUUUCUAUAUACAGAUCUUUAACCAAGAGAAUAUAAAAUUUUGUGAAUAUCCCUGUAAGUUCACAAAUGAUUGUGCUUUAUUUUACCACUCCCCAAUCAUAUCCCCAAGAAUUUAGAUUAAAGUCACGUUUUCUCGCUAGUUUCCCAUUUAAAAAAAAAACAUUAUUUUAGAAGAAAAAAACAAACAAAAAAUGAUUUCCAACUAUCUUAUUUAUGUAUUUGAAGAUAAUAAAAAUAAACACAGAAUAUUUAAGAA